CAUAAAGGGCCGGACAUGAACGACUUGUUGACCUUCCUCCUUCCUAAUCUUUACAUGAUUAGAUGUCUAUCAGACCUCCUCCAAAGCCAUGCCUCUACUGAAGCCGUCCCAUCUACGGCUCGCUCAAAUCAGCAGUCGCAGAUCAGCACGGGCAGCCCUCUCUACCCAUGCCGCACCUUUCCCCGUGAUACCCACCUGUCCGGACCCUACAUGUCCUUGUUCUUCGAUCCCUGCGGGUCUUGACAUCGAUCGAAAACAACAGCUCUCCGGGUCGAUGUCGCCGUACACCCAGCACUUGAUCGUGUCGACUGGCCGCUCAGACUGGACAAGCAGGAUAGAAGAUGAGAAGGAUACUGCAGUAUGGGGAAGGUUCACGGCCGACGUCAAAGCUUCGCUUGGAAGAGGAGGCGAGUUUCAUGAUCCAUACAACAAUGUCCUUGUCAGCAUGUCAUCAUUCACACCGCUGGCCGACCUGCAAAGAAAUGGUGAAACACCCCCAGCUGGUGUCCAAGCAUCAAAAAUUGUGGACGCUUUAGUCUUCCCAGCCUUUCGACACUUUAAAGAACUCGGCAUUGAGCCGCAGUCAAACACCCUGCGGAAGUUCAUCAAGUCCUCACUGUUGCCAGAAGAAGGCAAAAUUCAUCCCAUCUACAAAGACCGAUCGGAAUCCGAACGAAAAGCCAAGACGCGAGAUUCAUCACUUGCUACAUCGCUUGACAGCUCAUUCAUAGAGACUCCCACGAUCCUGAUAUGCAGCCACGGCCAGCGUGACAGCAGAUGCGGGAUCCUUGGGCCUCUUCUGCAUGCCGAAUUCACUCGAUACAUCAACCACCGCAAAACCAGCGACAGGGUCUCGGGGCCCAUGUUGAAAGCUACUGCCGGCGCGUUCGAUCCAAGAUCGUCCUUAUCUCCUGAUUCUACAUCGAGUGCCGACUCCAGCAUCAACGUCAACGUCGGCAUGAUCUCCCACGUUGGGGGGCACAAAUGGGCAGGCAACGUGAUAAUCUACAUCCCACCGACGUUCGAGUGCUUGCCAUCCGGACCCCACCCACUAGCAGGAUCUGGUAUUUGGUACGGCCGUGUCGAGCCGCGCCACGUCGAAGGCAUUGUCGAGCAGACCCUCUUGAGGGGCAAAGUCAUCCAGGACCAUUUCCGCGGCGGGAUAACCAAGGGCGGCGAUAUUCUGAGACUUUAGGCUUGCCUGACUUACCAUCGACCUGACACGACUCGAGCAGCUACAAACCCUCAGCUACUAUGCACAGACAACUGAGUGCGUGUUGAUGGCCGUUGCCACACCUGGCCCGAGGCAUUCGAAACAGAAAUGAAAUGGAAAGUCUCUCACAGCAACGAGCGACACAUCGAGCACAUCGAUACCAUUCUCCGGACAGGUACUAACGGAGUCUCGGUCAGAAUUCUUCCUCUGGCAACAAGACUACCAGACUGAAGGAAGGGAUUUGGCUUCGGAAGCUGGCCACUGGGACAGACACAACGCCUUCUGCAAGAACCUUCUGCUUCUGCCUCUGUCCCACUGUGAGCUCACUCUCAAAUGCAAAACACCCGGACCGGACCAGCGUGGACUAUAGUCGAUGCUGCAAAUCGAACAUGGCACGUUAAACCUGCACUUGCAUAUGCCGCUUCCGACAGACAAGCCCCGUUUCUGGGCCUUCUUCUGGACGAGGCUGGGACUUUUGACCACCAACUGGUUUGAUGGGGUCUGACAAAAUCAGUCCAUCUUAGACAUCGAUGCCGGAGUGGACCGAAACAGAAUAGACCAUCCUGUUCGUGUUGACACAAUGCGAUCUAUCAACUCGACUCGACUCAACGGAAAAUCAGGACCAAGAACAAGAGGACAAUCCGCACGAUGUCUUGCUGCUAUUAUGCUUCUGCAUCAAUGUAACUUACAAUAGGUUAUAGCAAUGCAUAGUGGAGAUGAAUGCCAAUAUAGACAUAGAACAUAGCAAAGAACAACAGGAAUAAAAUCUGUC